AUGGCGUCCCAGACGACUUCUCGUGAUGUGGCCGUGGAGUACGAGGGCCUGGUCCGUCAGCAGGCCACGCCGGUGGCUCGCAACGAGCUCCGGUGGCGUGCUGUUUUCCUCGACUGCUGCACGGAAAGGGAACUGCUGGGAGAAAAGGUUGUGACCAUGGCCGUGCUUGUGGGAAACGAGCACUUGGCCUAUGGAUGCUAUGGGUUGUUUGGGGAUACCGCGCCAAGCAAAGCCAAUUUCAAGAAUAUGAGAGGAAAUGUUCGGGAAAGUACCAUCCAGGCCGCUGAGACCUGGGAGGAGUUGCCUGGUAUUGACAAAGUCGUCCGCAAGGCGCAGAGCUUGAAGCAGGACAAGCCGCUGCGCAACUUGCAGGAUCUCUUCUAUGACUCCCAACCCGAGGAGCUGCCCUGGAUCCGCACGGAAUGCGUCAUUGACACGGUGCAGGCUGCCGCCUACCUUGGUCAGGCUGUCGUUUUCCUCUACAAGGCGAUUGACUACAAUGGGCUUGA